CUUGGCGAGCUUCUAGAAUCUGCAAAAAAGGUGUCCCUAAGCGCGACGUCUGAGCGUGCCUCAGUCCACCUUUUAACCUCUUGCAGCUCCGUCGAAGCCUCACAAUCUUGCGAGCUUAGCCCAAUAAAAACCUUUUUUCUGUUACGACACCCAGUUCAUCCGCCAAGGAUGGCGACAGCUGGUGUCUCCUCCUUACCCCACUCUUCCUCCCCCAUCCCCGGCGGCAGCGGAAGUGGCAGCGGCAGCGGCGACGAGAGCAGAGACGGCAGAGAGAGCAGCGGAACCGUACCGUCAUCUUCCGGAGCUCCUAGUUCAGAUGGUAAUUUCGAGUGUAACAUCUGCUUCGAAACGGCCAACGAUCCCGUUAUAACGCUCUGCGGUCACCUCUUCUGCUGGGCGUGCCUAUAUCGGUGGCUGCGGCGAAACCCCCACAAUAAAGAGUGCCCCGUUUGCAAGGCAGCAGUCGACGAAGCUAAAGUCAUUCCCCUAUACGGCAGAGGAAAGGCUCCGUCAGAUCCGCGCAAGAAACCCGUUCCUGACGUAGACGACGACAUCCCAAACCGGCCGGCCGGCCAGCGGACGGAAUCCGUCAGGAACCCUAACGGAAACGGAGCUGCCGCCGGCGGCGGCGGGUGGGGUUACAACCACCCAGGCAUGGGCUUCUUCGCAGGGGCAGGCGGGCCGUUCGCGACAGCCCAAUUCGGCGGGUUCACUGUCUCAGCAGGGUUCGGGUUGUUUCCCGCGCUUUUUGGGCUCCAAUUGCACGGAUUUCCCGGGCAGGAGGGGGUGCCCGGGGCAGGUGGAGCUGGGGGAGGGCCGACCGGGGGAGGGCUGAAUCAGGCGGGGAAUCUGCAGCAGCAGAACUUGAAUCCGGUGGAGCUGCAGCAGCAGGCGUUCCUGUCGCGGCUGCUGCUGAUGCUGGGGCUGUUCGUGCUCAUGACGCUCUUCCUCGUGUAGCUGGCCAGCCGCGGCAGCUGUGGCAGCCGCUCCUCUCGCGGCUGCUGCUGAAGCCUUCUUCGCGGCUGCUGCUGAUGCUGGGACUCUUCGUGCUAGUGUCAUGACGCUCUUCCUCGUGUAGCUGGCUAGCUGCGGCAGCCGCUCCUGUUGCGGCUGCUGUUGAAUCCUUCGUUGGGCGCAUGCUGGGAUGGGACAAUUGGUGGCCAUGGCACUGUUCCUCGUGUAGGUAUAGAGCUGCAAGGGGGGCGGAAGACCGUUGAGGCUGGUCGUUGGUCAAGCCACUUCGUUUGGAGGAGUGGAAAUAAAAAAGGUUCAAGGAUUGCAGCUGCAGGGGGUGCAGGUGCAGGGGGUGCAGCUGCAGGAGGUGCAGGUACAAAUGUCUCGGCUGGGGAGGGAUUAGUGCCCAAGAGGGCGAGGGCAAUUGGCAGGAGUAGCUGCAGGCUUGGCAUGCUGUGAGAAUUCUGGGGACUAGCAGUUCAUUACCAGGGGAAGGGCCGUCUGUACUAUGGGAUGUGUGUGCGGGGUUGGAAGUCGGGGCUCGGGAGGGACUCGGUCUGGACUGGGUGAUAGUGAUAGAUGCUACAAGUCGUAGUAGCACGAGUACACCGGCAAUUCGCCACCGCCGGGUGCUUUUUGGGCUUUUCCUGUGGCUGCGUACACCUAGUGUUUCUCUUGCGGUGCGCAGGCAGAAUGACAGCUUUGCAGCAGCCUGGAUAUAGUUUCUCCAGGAUCUUCUUGACAAGAGUGG